GGCCGGGGGUAUGACUGUUUGACUCCUCGUUGUUCUUCCUCUCUUCUACUUGUCUCUGGUCUUUUGGGUAAUUGUAUGAUUGAUUCAUAACGGCUGUCUGCUGGUCUGGUCCUCUUGAUCCUUAUCUCAUUACUACCCCUACAUCUAUCUACCCACCGAUCGAGCCCGUCAUGUCGUCGUCGUCCACCGCCAUCGCGAUACCGAAGCGUAAGGGCAAGGGCCCUGCGUCUUCUCACCACCACGACUCCUCCUCGUCUUCAUCCUCGUUCGCGGCGUCCACACCCUCAACCCCGAAUACCUACAACUACAACUUCACACCUUCCCCAAACCGCUUCUCCUACGGUAGCGCGGGUGGUAGCUAUGGCUCCACACCUUCUUCUUCGUCGUCUGGUAGUCCACAGAGCGGCGCGAGCAGUAUGCGGCGCCGGGAGAGCCUGAUGAGCGAGACGUUUUCGCGGCAGGAACAUACUGUUAUCAAUGUGGGAGAGGAGGAGGAGGGGCUUAGGCUGAUCACUUGUGUCAAGGCUAGUCAGGGGUUUGAUUGGAAUCAAGAGAUGUUCCUCCCUUCCUAUGUCGACUACCACUUCGACGAUCUCGAGCGACGACAGGAUCCCGUUCAGGAUAUCAUUAUCACGGAUGAGGAGGUUAGGAAUAUGUUCCCGUCAUAGAACAUCGAUGGGGCGGUGCGAAGUACCUGUGUAGAGAUGCGCGGGUAUGAUGCAGGCGGCGGUCCUUGGAUAAUGGAUGUGCAUAUGCUUUGGGAU